UAGGAAGGCAGAAGGUACAUCAAAAACAUAAAUCAAUAUAUGUAAGGUAUACAUUGGUUUGACCUGAAAAGCCGGGAUAUUUUGGAGGAGGAAGGGUUUGGCCAGUAGUGGCAGAAGGAAGGUUGUGGAAGCCAAGGUUCUUGUUAUGUAUGUGAAGCCUGUAAUAUGCCUCAGAGAGAACAGAUGGUAUAUGCAUCUUAAAAGGUAAGUGACCUUAAAAGGUGUCAGACUCUUAGUUAACUCUCUCCAGGAUCAGGGAAAGACCUGGAAAGGUAAGGGGAUUCUCCACAGAAUGCAAAUUUCCCUCUCAAAAGAGCUUUGCACAGGAUCAUUCCAAAAUAUGUCAGAAGUAUAAUUUGGGGUAAAAUCCUUUGAUCUCCUUUAGGGCUGCUACCAGAGUCAGGUUGGAAUUUGUUUUUGUUUGUUUGUUUGUUCAUUUUGAAACAAGUUCUUAUUUUGUUGCCCAGACUGGAGUGCAGCGGCUGUGAUCUCGGCUCAAUGCGGCCUUUGAUCUCAUGGGCUCAAGUGAUCCUCCCACAUCAGCCUCCCAAAUAGCUGGGACUACAGGCGGCUGCCACAACACUGGACUAAAUUUUUUAAAGUAGAGAGGAGUUCUCCCCAUGUUGCCCAGGCUGAUCUCUACCUCCUGGCCUCAACCUACUGAUUCUCUGGGAUUACAGGUGCCAGGCCAGACUCCACAGGUCUUUAAACUUCUAUGCAGCAGGUGAGAAAAGUCCACAGUUUAAUCAUUCCUCCCCAACUUGUAAUGCCGCCCUGAACUUGGACUCUUGCGUUGGCGUUGUCAAGCGGACCUCCCGCCGCUCUGCGUUGGGUCAGCCCCUCAGGGCUGUUUUCCCACCACGCAUGGCGCAAGCGGAAUCUAUGCCUGUUACCCACACUCCCUGCGCCCCCGCACCCCGCUCCUGUGAUCACGUCGGAAUUUAAAGCCGCGGAGCAGAGAGAGCUUGGAGUGUCCAACUGGUUGCCGCGGCCAUCUCUGCGAGCAGCGCGUUUGUCUUCUAGGCUGCUUAGUUCGUGCCUCCGAGAAAGGAGUCUCCUGCUGCCAGCUAAGUGUGAGAGAACUUGUGCGCGCAACUCCCCUCCGAAUCCCAACGAUGGGUAACGUUAGCUUUGGCUCCAAGGAACAACAGCAGCUGCUGGAGCGGUUGCGGCUCCUGCCCGCUAUGCUCAUCCUCCGCGCCUUCAAGCCCAACAGAAAUAUCAGAGAUUACCGCGUCGUGGUAGUCGGCACCGCUGGUGUGGGGAAAAGCACGCUGCUGCAGAAGUGGGCGACCGGCAACUUCCGUCAUGAAUACCUGCCAACCAUUGAAAAUGCUUACUGCCAGUUGCUGGGCUGCAGCCACGGUGUGCUUUCCCUGCACAUCACCGAUAGCAAGAGUGGCGACGACAACCACAACCGCGCUCUGCAGCGCCACGUUAUAGCCCGGGGCCACGCCUUCGUCCUGGUCUACUCAGUCACCAAGAAGGAAACCCUGGAAGAGCUGAAGUCCUUCUAUGAGCUGAUCUGCAAGAUCAAAGGUAACAAUCUGCAUAAGUUCCCCAUUGUGCUGGUGGGAAAUAAAAGUGAUGACACCCACCGCGAGGUGACCCUGAGUGAUGGUGUCACCUGUGCGCUGGAGUGGAAUUGCGCCUUCAUGGAGAUCUCGGCCAAGGCAGAUGUGAAUGUGCAGGAGCUGUUCCACAUGCUGCUGGAUUACCAGAACCAGCCCGACCCCGACCUCCAGGAGCCCGAGAAGAAGUCCCAGACGCCCAAGACCAUUGAGAAGAUGCUUGACAAGUGCGUGAUCAUGUGAGCCCUGGGCCUUAGGAGCCAGCCCUUCCUACCCUGUAGUGUGUAGAAAAUGUGGACUGAUUUCAUUGUGUUACCUGUACAUGGUUGAUUUUGUGCUGUUUAGACUGUAACAAUCAUAUUGUCAAUAAAUGUACCUUGUAAGUUAAUAACUUUACCUUUUCCCAGGCCAGAUAAUUCAAAUUGUUAAAACAUUGGCAUUUGAAGAGGAGAACAAAAAGGAACAUGAUGGAUUCAAAGUAAGGCCUUUAAUAAUAAAUGUAAUAAGAGAAAAUGUUUUGAAAAGAACAAAAUGUCAAAAUGAAUAGAAAGAGAAAUUGGAAGGUGUCCUUUUGGUAACCCUAUUAUUGUGUAUCACUUUAAAACAUUCCAUAUCCUGUAAGUGUUUAAUCGUGUCUUUUAAUUGUGUAAUUGAGAAAUGUGUUUUUACAACAAAAGCUUUUGAUAAAGUGCUUGAAGACAUGUAUUCUAAACAAAAAAAAAAUGAAUAUGCUAUAGCUGAUCAUUAGGGGUGUGGGAGCAGAGAAAACUGUGAAAGUGGAACUUUCUCACUAAAGAUGUUAGUAGUUUCCCAUGUCGUUUAAAAAUGUUUGAGUAUUCCGCUAGCAAUUUUUAAAAGUGUAACAGCUUCUUGACUUAAUAAAGCUUUUCCUGCAUGCAA